UAAAAAAAUAUGUCAGGUUACUUCGGUUUGCUUUUGAUUUCUCAACUACAUUUAUUAUUUUGAGAAAUACUCUCUAAAAGGAAAAGGAAAUUAUAAUUAUAACAGUUACUUUCUAAAACUAAUAAGUAGUCUGUAUAAAUAUGUGAUUUAUAAUUUGAAUACAUACACAUAUAAUCAUGGAUAAUUUCGGGGUUGAUGAGGCAUUGGCCUCAUUAGAGAUGUUGAUGUGUGAGUUUUUUGCACCAUCUACAAAUAAUUUUCGGAAAAGAGAAAUAGAGAGCAUGCUUGAAAAUUUUUCCAAUGGUAGGGGUUCUUGGAAACAUUGCUUGUUAUUUCUCCAAAAGUCUCAGAACCAAUAUGUGCAAAUGUUUAUUUUAACUACUUUGGAGAAUAUUAUAAACAAACUGUGGUUUGGUCUGUCUGAAAAUGAGAGAACAGAAAUACGGCUGACGCUAUGGAAUGAACUAAUGGCUAAGCAUGAAGUGAUGCUGUACUUCAUUAGGAACAAACUAGCUGCUCUUAUGAUUGCUAUUGCUAGAUAUGACUGGCCCCAUGAUUACCCUGACUUCUUUAGCAAUAUUGUUGAGCUGUUAAGAAGUGAUGGUCACCGUUGCGUGCUGGGUCUAAUCCUAGCGCAGACUGCAAGUGAGGAACUAGGCGCAGUUCGUGAUACCGGUGUGCUGCUUCCCUCCACCCGCCGCACGCAACUGGAGCGCUUGAUGUUGAAAGGAAUGCCACAAAUGCUUUCAGCUCUUAGUGAUAUACUGGAAAAAAAUGCGCAAAAAGAAGGCCAGUCAAAUCCUCCACCGUCACCCACGAGUGGCUUCCCACAAACUUCUGCUCUACCAGAUUUAUUGGCAAAUGCACAUGAUGUAUGUGCUUCAGACAAAGCUCUAAACAUGGAAAUAGUUGUGAAAUGUUUGACAACAUUACAACAUUUAUUCUCAUGGCUGCCGCUGUCUUCCCAUGUACCAGCAUCAUUGGUGACUACAGUCUUUUACUGGGGCAGUAUAGCUACACAGACACAGAGUGGCGAGGCGGCGUUGGCGGGGCUGGGCGGCGUGUGCGAGCUGUUGUACCGGCGGUACGCGCCGCCCUCCUCCGCGGCGACGGCGCUGCGCCUGCACCACUGCUCGCUGCGCCUGCUGAGACACCUCACACACCAACACGCGCACCACCCCCUCUACCACGCGCACCACGACUAUUUAAAUAAGUUGGCAGAGUUCCUGAAGCUGUUUGUCUCAUUGCACUUCAAGAGGCUGGAGGCAGAGCCAGAGUUUGAUGCUAUCGAAUUUUUGUCUUAUUUAUUCCAGUAUACAUUCCAGGUUCCCACGUGUACUAUUUUUGUUAACUGUUUAGAUAUAUGGAUACAAUUUAUUGACAUUCUAAAACCCGAGGACACUGCCAAAUAUUGGGAAGCUCUGCAGGCGCUUGUGAACGGCGUGCUCAACAAAAUACAAUUCCAACACAACAAGGCGCAAUUGCAACAUCUCGAUAAUGACGUUUGUGAUGACGAUGGCGAGACAGAAUGGCAAACAUUCCUAAAGCAUUGCAUUGAGUGCAUCGCUCGAGUAGCAGAUUUAGCUCCCCUAGAGGUUUUCACAUCUGUGUUGGAGCGGUGGCAGUGCCUGGCGGGCGUUGUGCUCCUGUACCGGUGGCGGUACUUCUUCCCGCACAAGUGCGAGGAGGAGGAGGGCGCGCGGCGCGAGGGCGAGCUGCGCGGCGCGCUGGCGGCGCUCGGCCGCGCGCUGCUCAGCGACGACAUCGAGCUGCUGCGCACCGCGCUCGCCGCGCUCGACCUACUCAACACCAAGUGGAAACUCUACCACAAGGUGAUAUUCAGGUCGGAGUUCCUGGGCGAGUUCCUGUCGGUGCUGCUGUCGGGCGUGUGCGGCGCUGCGGGCGGCGCGGGCAGUGCGGGCGCUGCGGGGGGCGGGGGCGCGGCGUGCGGGGCGCGAGCGCUGGUGCGCGAGGAGGCGCUGUGCGCGGCGCACGCGAUGGCCUGCGUGGACUUCACCGCCUUUAGACACGCCUUCCUGCCCGCCUUCCUGCGCGCGCUGCCAGGCCUCGCCCCGCACCACGCCGCUCUGCUCAACAACUUCCCACCCGAUACUGAUCUGCCAUCGUUUACGCAGAAUAUACAGCGGCUGAUGAACGACGUGAACUGCUACCAGGCUUACCAGUCGCUGGCUGAAAACAACAUGCUAACCUGA